GCUGGUGUCAGAAUUUAUUAAAAUCCCAAUUGUAAUUUGUAUUCCAGCAAAACAGGCUCCCUUUGGCGACACUGACGUGGCAUAUUGUUGUGUUUUGAUUCGUGUAACAAUAGAAAUUACAGAAAUUACGCCUGCCUUCGCCAGCAGGGUAAGUUCAGGUGGUGCGCAAAACUCCGCUGAAUAAAAACCGACGGCUACCCAAGCGCAAGCCGCACGGCGUAACCCAGGGCCAAGGUGAGAGGACAGGUUUCGUCGCGAGCAGUCAUUCCCCUUCUUCGUGACGCAUUUCUCUACCGCUGACCCAGUACGAACGGAGUUGAAAUCGUGGCAGUACUGCGUUGAAAGGAAGUACCCUUCAUCGAAAGGAAUCGGAGCGCAACACAAACACAGCUGAACUCAGCACCAUGGGCCUGACAAUUUCCAGCGUGCUAACCCGAUUAUUCGGCAAAAAGCAGAUGCGCAUUCUCAUGGUUGGACUCGAUGCUGCCGGUAAGACGACGAUUCUGUACAAGCUGAAGCUGGGCGAAAUUGUCACCACCAUUCCGACGAUCGGGUUCAACGUUGAGACGGUCGAGUACAAGAACAUCUGCUUCACCGUGUGGGACGUCGGUGGCCAGGACAAGAUUCGCCCGCUCUGGCGCCACUAUUUCCAAAACACGCAGGGGCUCAUCUUUGUGGUCGACUCGAACGAUCGCGAGCGUAUCGUGGAGGCGGAAAAGGAGCUGCACAGCAUGCUGCAGGAGGACGAACUGCGCGACGCAGUGUUGCUCGUGUUCGCCAACAAGCAGGAUCUGCCCAACGCGAUGACGGCCGCCGAGCUGACAGACAAAUUGCACCUCAAUCAGCUACGGAACAGACACUGGUAUAUUCAAGCGACUUGCGCCACCCAAGGCCACGGACUGUACGAAGGAUUAGAUUGGCUGUCGACCGAGCUAGCCAAAAAGUGAUGAUAAUCUGGUCUGGUCUGUCCCUUGGAGAGGUUUAUUUUGUAAGAACGCCGCUGGCGUACCGCUUAUACAAUAUUUCAUUGUUUCAUAUGAAUAAACAGUAGGAUGAAAAUUCCAACCAUUAA